AUCCUUCUCAAACGCAACUAUCACUUGAAGAAAAACAUCAUAAAAUUUCAAAGGGAAAAAAAAAAUGUCUCUAAUCACAGAUGAGAUUAGAUCCUCUGCAACAGAGUUCUACACUGGAAAUGAUAUCUGCCAAGUAAAAUCCAAGUUUUUGCUGACAGAAGUUGGGUUGCCGAAUGGGCUUCUGCCAUUGGAGGACAUAGAAGAAUGUGGGUAUGUGAAGGACACAGGGUUUGUUUGGCUAAAACAGAAGAAAAAGACUGAGCACAAGUUUGAGGAAAUUGGGAGGCUGGUCCAAUAUGCACCAGAGGUAACAGCCUAUGUUGAGCCAAACAGGAUCAAGAAACUGACAGGUGUCAAGGCCAAGGAACUGCUGAUAUGGAUCACUCUCAAUGAGAUUUACGUAAACGAUCCGCCGACCGGAAAGAUCACGUUCAAGACUCCGGCCGGGCUGUCGCGAAUCUUUCCGGUGUCGGCUUUUGAGAUCAAAGAGGAGCCAAAUGAUGUGAAGGAGGAGAAUGCUGCUGCUAAGGAAGUUAAAGAAACUGCUGCAGCUGUUGAAGUGAAAGAGGUUUAAUGCUGAUGCCUAGUCGAGUUCCUGUCUUUCUACGUGGUACUAAUGGAAGCAUAAGACGUAUAUAAGUUUAUUUUGAAAUACAGAUGAUUUUAAUUAAUGAUUUUGUGUUUGCACAUCUUUUUUAAUUGGUUUUCAAUCCAUAAUUAUGAUUUCAAUUCCCAGAUUGUAGAUUUUCCUUUUAGGAGAAUCAAAAGAUUUAGUAAAAAAUACAGAAAAUUUGAGAGACUUUCGA